CUGACCGUGCCUCUGAUGUGUGUGACCUGUUGACUCUCAUUCUCGUGCGGUUCGAAGAGCUGCGUUUUUGUACCUGCUGAGAUGGACAACUAAACAAUCGACUUUAACAUGCCUACCAUUUAUGGAACUAAGGGAAAACUUGCAAGUGUUUGUUUCAUGCUUCAGCACCCAUCCCAGGACAUGACCCAGUCCUGGCCUUACCAGCAGGCCCCAGGUGAAGGCGGUACUCAACACUUCCUGUACUCACACUCCAAGGAGGGAAAACAGGUCAACUUGCAACACAGGCAUGUGCGGGAUGGUGCCUCUGUGAGGAUGCCCUCACGCCCAUACGUGGCCCCUCACAAAUCCAUGGUCGCAGAAGACCUGAAGCUCAGCAGUGAUGAAGAUGACAGGGACGAGGAAAGUGAGCAAACAACUUCCUGGGUGGACAAUGACCGCUUGUCAGGCCCACAGCGGCACACACACACACAUGGCGGAAAGGUGAGACAUUCUAGCUCAGGGUCUUCAGUAUCAGACUCCUCCAGUGAGUGGGAAAGCAACAGCCAGCGAUCACGCAGCCCAAGCCCAGGAGCGCAUGUCCAGUGUGGGACACCGACCCAACAGCAGACCCUAAACUGCAGUACAGAGGCCCAGAGUCCACAGUCCACACAGUGGCAGCUGGACAAGUGGCUUGAGAAAGUGCCUAAACAGCAUCCUUCAACUGACCACGAUCCCGGAGGAGGACAGCACCUGGGUGCAAACUCUGGCAGAGGACCAUCACCGGGAAGAUACUGGGAGUCAAGACAGGAUUACAGUCCAUGUGAAAGUCCAAUCCCUAGUCCAAGAUUUGACUAUAGCCCUAGGAACAGUCCUCACCCCAGCCCAUGCCCCAGUCCAGGAAUUAGCUUUGUGCCAAGCCCAGUUCCAAGUGUAUGCCCAAGUCCAGGAGAUAGCCUCAGAGGGAGCAGAAGCCCCAGCCCUUUACCUCUGCAUCCUCCCAGAAGCCCCAGUCCAAAUCUCUCACGCACUGCAAUACAGAGCCAAUCCAACAGUACAUAUCCUCAGGUUCAGCCUCUUCAGCAGGAAAGUCCAAGGCAUAUUGCACGGCCAACAGUUGUCUCUGAUCCAGCUCAUCGUCCCAAAGUCAGGCCAUGGGUGCCGCCGAACCAUAACACUGAUGAGAGAAAAGUGUCUAGACCCAAAAACUCUAGAUCCAGAGACUCUAGACCUGGUCCUCCCCAACAGCAUCAUUCCAAACACACAGAAAAGUUACACAAAGAUGUCACACACAAGCCUGAAGCCAAAAGCUCUGAGUCCACAUGCAAGCAAAGGUUUAACCCAGCUUCUAAUCCAAUUCCAAAGCAUCAUUCUAAGCUGAACUCAAGACCAAAUUUGAGCCCAAAACCACAAGUCAGACAUUCAUCUACAACUGACCAUAGUAUUGAACAUAAUCGCAGAACCAGUGAACCUACAGGAGUAUCAAUCCACAGUUCAACCUCCAAAUCCGGGCAUUCAACUAAUUUCAGUACCUCAAAGAGCUCUGAACAUAGUCCCACAUUAAAAUCCAGGGACUCUUACCGAAGUGACGUGAACGGUCGAUCCAAUCACAGUAACAACUCCAGCUCGAAGUAUAAAUCUCUCCCUGAUCCCAAGCAAUCCAGCUCUAAACCGAGCUCCCGACCGAGUGCUAGCCCAAAGCCCAAGGUCAAACUCCCAGGAGAAGCCCCAGAGCCUAGAACUGGGUAUUCACAAAAAGAGCCAAAGCCCAGAGAGAGAGAACGGGGGGUUGACAGCCGAGGUAAGGCCCAGGGAGUUACUCUGGUGCCGACCGGCAAGGAGCAGAGGCUAAGGAGACUGGCGGAGGAGCAGCUCAUAAGGCGCCGCUGGGUUCAGGGUUCUGAGGAAGAAGAAGACAAGGAAGAUAAGAGAAACAAGGAAGGGGAAAGGGAGGGGAAAAGGAAAAGGAGGAGGGAGCAGGAAGCUCAAUGGCAGGCAGUGCAGCCCAAGCAAAGACCUCAUACUAACAGCGAGCAUCACCCUCAAGUGGAAUGCAAACAACUCUACCUUGAAGAGCAAAAGAGGAAGAAGAGAAGGCGGAGCAGUGAGGACAUCUUUUCCCAUCCUCAUGUGAUAGACUGUAGCCCUUCUCCUCCACUUUCUCCACCCUCUCCUACUCCAGUCAUCCAGCCCACACAACCAUCCUCGUCUUCAUCAUCAUCAUCAUCAUCCUCAUCAUCUUCGUCUGAAUCAGACUCUGAGUCCAGUCCACCCCGGAACAUUGCCAAAGUCCCUGCAGAUUCAACAUCUAACCAAAAAAAGAAGGGGCACAACAAACAGGGCACAAGUACUUGUGCUACCCCUGAAAGGCUGAGUUCUGACUCCACAGAGGCAGAUGAACAAGGUCGGCAGAAGCACAAACUCUACACGCUUGUUCCAUUCGGCCGUUCUGAAAAUUCCCCCACCGUCUCGAAUCGAGGCCUGAGAAAUCUAGUAGUGAGGAUAGACCUCUCGCUCCUUGCCAGAGUUCCUACUACAAAUGAGAUUAUAGAAAGACAGUCCUCGUCUUCAUCUUCGUCAUCAGGAAAGUCGAAAGAAAAGACGCUGAUGAGGAAUCUGCAGCACUCUGAGCAACUACCAGGGGAUGGUAGAAGUAAAAGAAAAGCUGAGAAUGGAGAGGCUCAAAGAGAGAAUAAGAGAACUCACUCUCAUACAGACAAGCUCCCUGUGGCAGUGAGUAGAGUGACUGAGGAAACCAGCUCUGACAACAAACAAAAUGGAUAUCAGGAAGAUUGCUUUUAUACCAAGAGGCCAGUGUCUCCAUUGUCUCCCCCAUCUGACAUAUCCGAGCUCUCAAAGCCCUCAGUAAAAGCUCAGCAUGCAGAGAAGUACCACACACCUCCAGAAAAAGUCAGAGAUUCUUCAGCACAGAAAACACAGGUCCAAAAGACACAGCCCAAGAUAGAGGUGGAGUGUAUCGGGGUAUCACGACCGCCACAAACUCUUUCUGGAUCCCGAGAUCCUCCCCUAACCCUUCCUCUUCACUUCACUAAAGGAACUGUGCCUAUCAGUGAUGUCUCUCAUCAUGCUGAGUACUACAUACAUGAGGCCAAGAGGUUAAAACAUCGAGCAGAUGCUAUGGUGGAUAAGUUAGGCAAAGCUGUGAAUUAUGUGGAUGCUGCUUUGGCCUUUAUGGAAUGUGGAAAAGUCAUGGAAGAGGGGCCACUGGAGUCCAAGUCCCCCUUCUCUAUGUACACUGAAACUGUGGAGCUCGUAAGAUACGCUAUGAGACUGAAGAGUCAUGCAGACCCUGGAGCCAGUCAGGUGGACAAACAGCUAGCUGUACUGUGUUUCCGCUGUCUUGCUCUCCUCUAUUGGCAAAUGUUCCGACUUAAAAAGGACCACGCUCUGAAAUACUCUAAAGUCCUGCUAGACUACUUCAAGAGUUCUCCAAAAGCACCCCACAAACCCCCGCCCUGGAAUGAUGCUGGAAAGGGAGCUGUUCCUCCAGCCUCUGUUUGCUCGGUCAAUAUAAUGGGAUCUCACACAGCCAGCUCACCGAGCAACGCCAUCAGCAUUCCCCAUCGUAUCCACCAGAUGGCAGCAAACCACCUCAAUAUCACCAACAGUGUACUGUACAGUUAUGAGUACUGGGAGUUGGCUGAUACCCUGGCCAAAGAAAAUAAGGAAUUUUUUAACUAUCUGAACACACUGACGGGACCUUUGACUCUGCAUAGCAGCAUGGCCCACGUCAUCCAGUAUACCAGACAAGGCCUCCAGUGGAUCCGGAUCAGCGCUAAUCUGUCAUAAUACAUGUAGAAACUUCACAAAUCACUUGUGGAAGCAAAAUGUUAAAGCCAAAUUAUCAAAACAUUCUACAGUUACCUGCACUCUUUGACCCAGACGUCUGAUCUAGGGUCAAGACUAUUGUUUAGGCCAGACAGUGCUAAAGCAAAGUGUCCCCCUCAAAUUCAUGACAUGCAUCAUGCCAGGACUUGAUAUUGAGGAGUGGACAUCCAUGAUUUACCCUAUAAAGCAUUAUGUGUGGUAAUAUUCAAGGACAAUUUUCCUGGUCAUGCAGUUCUUAGCACUUCUUUUAAAAUCAGUAUCUUGCUGGAAUUUGUAAAAGCUGCUUUUCCAAAAAUGUGCCACAAUUUUAUAUUAGAAAUAAUAAGAAUUCAUUUUUGAAGUAGCCGGUAUACAGUUAUAAUGCCGUUAAAGCCCUCUUUACUGGAUUGAUAUGAUAGUCUAUGACAAGGUGUUGCAUCAAACUAGUUUUUUUUUGAGCGAGAGCCUUUCAUAAUUUCUUACCUGAAAAUCAGUACAUGCAUGAAGUCUCUUUAUAGCACUGUGGAUGUUAUUAAUGUUUAUACUUACUUUUUUUUAUGAAGUUAUUUGUGCAAUAAGUCAGAUUUGUUUUAAACACCAGUGUCAUGUAGAUGUUUUGGUGCUGUUUUUUAAUAGCCAUCAUAAAGUCAUGUUCUCAGACUAUGCAAGGCUAUAUAUGACAUUGUGAAGUUGUUGUAAAGUUUGAACUUUAUGAAAGAAAAUAGAAACAGGGCUUUUUUUAAUUAAAGUGUUUUUACAGAAUAUUGCGGUGGUGGUGGGGAUGUUAAUGGUGUUGUUGAGGAUCAUGAAUGGCAUGGUCUAUCAUUAGUGUCCAUUAUAUUUUAAAACAACAUGCAAGCAACCCAAUGUUAGCCUACAAAUGAACUGAGACCUCACACUUUCUAUUGAUUUAUGGACACCAAGUUCUCACAAUGAAGGACAUAAGAGCAGGACUGUCCUCACACAGUAAAUUGAUCUUUUAAAGAAUACUUAUUUAGAUGUGACUAUUUACUGCCAAAAUGGUGUGUGAAUC